GUUCUGCGUCAUCGGACGUGACAUUUCUGUAUUUUCGGGAUAUGUAUACAAUUUAAUGUGAUAAUAAUCAAAUUUUAAUCAUAUUCCUGGAAAAGUUUAUAAAUAUUGGAAGACACCAUGUUAUCGUUAAUGAACAGAAUAUUAGACUGGUUCAAAAGUUUAUUUUGGAAGGAGGAAAUGGAGCUGACUCUCGUCGGUCUCCAGUACUCUGGAAAAACAACCUUUGUUAAUGUUAUUGCUUCUGGCCAGUUCAGUGAAGACAUGAUCCCAACUGUUGGUUUCAACAUGAGAAAAAUUACCAAAGGCAAUGUAACCAUCAAAGUUUGGGAUAUUGGGGGCCAACCUAGGUUUAGGUCAAUGUGGGAACGCUAUUGUAGGGGGGUAAAUGCUAUUGUAUAUAUGGUGGAUGCAGCAGAUUCAGAUAAAAUAGAAGCUUCAAGAAAUGAACUACACAAUCUGUUGGACAAACCCCAAUUGGCUGGAAUUCCAGUUUUAGUUUUGGGAAACAAAAGGGAUAAGCCACAGGCCCUAGAUGAAAAUGGUCUUAUUGAAAGAAUGAAUCUCUCUGCAAUUCAAGAUCGUGAAAUUUGCUGCUACUCUAUUUCAUGUAAAGAAAAAGACAACAUUGAUAUAACCCUGCAGUGGUUAAUUGCUCACUCAAAGUCUGGAAUGCGCUAAAUGAAUUAAAUGUUAUUAUUAUCGUCUUGUUUCAGGGCAAAAUUUGUCAAAGUUAACAUAUUUCUCACAUUUGUUCUGUCACUUUUCAAAACACUAAAAGUUUAAGUUACAUUGCAUGUUCUUCAAAGUCAUAAAAAUUAUGCAGU